AUGACGGAACCGGCUACGUCUUAUGAAAUGCAAGUACGCAACGAUGAACAAAAGGAUUGUAAAACGAAGCCAGGGCUGUCCGCUGGGAAAAUAUUUUACAAGCCAGGGGUCAUUGAAGAGGAGACGGAUGAAACAAGUGCUUUCGACAGCUCAGUGGUUGAUACCCCUAUGUUGGGCAUGGGACUUGGUGGCAGUGGAUAUUUGAGACCGCCGCAAAUAUACCCCUCUAGCAGUCUUCACAGAAUCCCUACUUAUAGCAGUUCUAUUGGACAGAGCACCGUAUAUCGACAGGAUACUUGCAGGUAA